AUGUGUAACGUAUUUAUCGUACUCAGUUUAAUUGGAAUAAUAUAUCCUUCUUAUCUGGAAGCUGGAUACAGCUAUGCAAAACCUAAACUGGAGAGAAACAACAUAGUAAACAAAGGUCUCUGGAUUAGGAAUAAACAUGAAAAGGCAUCUUCAGAUGGAUUUAUAUUUAGGACGAACUCAUUAGACGCAGAUUUCACGCCAUUCGGUAACAUUGACAAUCAGAAUGACAAUGUUCAAGAUACGCCAGUCUUUUCCUAUAUCGAUAGAAAUAAGCGGUCUGCGAAUCAUAAAAAUAAAUCGCGUCGUAGGAGAAGUCUAAAAAUAUGCACAAACGGAAAAUGUGAACAAGAUAUAGAUCCGUACAGUAAUGAUGUAAUAGAAAAAGUAAAGCCGGAGAAAGUUUUAGAUGAACCUCGGUAUGAAGUUAUUGAUGAUCUGAAACAUCGAUUUGUUAAGUCUCAAUUAAAUAACAUGAUUCAUUCAGAGCAAGAUAAUAAUAAGAAACUGAACAGAACUCAAACAUUAAUACGUAACACAUCUGUAAUCAAUGCAAAAAAUGAUUUCAAUAAUACACACAAUAUAACUAGCAAUAAAAGAAGCAUGCUUCAGAAAAAUGCAAUUGAAAUGAAAUUGAACAAUGAAUUGGAAAUCAAUGAUCUUUUUAAUGAAACAAAUGAUGUAGCUAAAAUCGAUCGCAGUGUUUUUGAUAAAAAAGAUAUGGAAUGGAAUCAAAAUGUACUAGAACCUGACACGCAUUCUUACAAAGUAGUACCAAAACCAGAAAUACCACGUAAAAAUAAACGUAUAAAUGAACGAGGUCUUAUUAAAAUAUUGUCCAUGUUAACCAAGACGUUUAAAAAAAUCAUGAAACAGCAUUCUGAUAUAAAAACUAUACACAAGCAACUUUAUACCUUAAAUGAUGACUUUACAAAAAGUGUUGAUGUUUUGAGCAGCAAAUUCAGCCAGUUUGAUUCUAAGUACGAGGAUAUUUUAAAGGUUAAUUUAGAUUUGAAGAAAAUCGAGGAGAAUCUGAAAUCGAGAGAGAGAUAUUUUGAAAGCAAAGAAAGAGAACUUUCGAAAAACUUAUUAGACUUUGAGAAUCAACAACGGAAAUUUUUGGCUCAACAGCGACAGUUUUUUGGUGUUCAAAGACUUAUGCUAGAACAAAAUGAAAAGAUAAAUUUAAAACAAAAUUUAAUAGCUAAAACUCAAAGUGAAAUUUCACAAAGACAAAAUAUUUUUGCGAGAAUUUUACACAGAGCCAAACAAGGUGUUAUUACUUCAAGUGCUAAGCCAACGUUAAAAUUAAGUAUAGCCAGGACUAAAAACAUUAGUAAGCAAAACGAAAUGACAAAAAUUAUUUCUUCCAAACUGGCUGAAACAACUGAAGCUAUUAAAAUUAAUUUACUAGCAAAAUCUAAAGUAAAACCUGAAAUAAACUUUGACAAACAUAUAAUGAAUGACAAAGAUAACCAAAGUAUUGACGAUUUGAUUUAUAAAUACUAUUUCAACAAUACUUAUAUAGAUGAUGUGAUGAGGAAUAAAAUAUUGACAGCAAUGGCUGAUAAACGAGACGUGACUAAGAAAAAGGAAAAGCGAAAUGAACCAACCAAGCUGAAAUCGACAUUACUUUUGCCUGUUGGUAGCGUUAAAUCCCUUCAAAGGGAAAGACGAUGGAUUAAACGCUCGAAAAAAAAUAUGAAGAAGAAAGAAAAGACUAUAGUGACUGAACCAAAAGAAACAGAAGUCAACAAGCAGAAUCCUUUUAUAGCUAUGGCGACGAGUUUUUGCACUGAAAUUGGGCAAAAUAUGAAUUUGCAAGUAAUGAAUUGGUGCGUUGAAAAAGCUUUGCGAAGACUUCAUAUUAUGGAUACUCAAUUCACUUCUCUGGUCAUGCCGAAAACACCAAAAAAUAAAAUUAAUACCACGGAUGAUAAGAAAAAUUUUACAAUGAAGAGUAGUUUUGAAGAAUUCAAAACCAUCCUAGUAACAUCAUCUACAUUGAAACCUUCAACAAUUAAUGUUGCUAACGAAAAACAUGACGUGACUGCCGAAAAGUCAAAUGAUAUCUUAAAGUUUUUUCCUGAUAACGACGAAUUGGAAUUGAACCUAAAGCAAUACGAACUCACAACGGACAAUGAAGGUGUUGUUUACUACGAUGGAAGUUUGCAUUCCAGCGAUUUAGGGAGGAAAAUCAAAUUAGGUGACGACGGUGGUGAUUACUCCGAGCUCAUGCCAGGCCUGGACAGCAAUUCUAAGAUCGAAGUGGAUCCUAUGGCUUUUGAUUUUGACGCAAAAAGAAGGGCAAAUGUUCGAAGAAUCAACGAGAAUAUUAGAAAAAUGUCAAAGAUGUAGUAGCGUCGGUGAACAGAAACAAACUGGAGAAAUCAAGAAAAGUUGAUUAUUUACUUGUAGCUAGCCCCGUCUUCGCUCGGGCUAGUAUUUGCAAAACAGUAAAACCUCUUUAAAAUAUUUCAACACUCCGUCCACUUUCCUAACCUUCAUUUCUCAAAUCCUAAACCAAUGCAAGUACAUUGGGCUUGUGGUCCCAAGUGAGAAGAACAUAUUCCCUAGUAGCGUUGAUUCAUGCAGGCAACAAAAACUUCGAUCGAUCUUUUUGUUAUUAGCUUUGCUAACAUCAAAUCUAAAAGACAGACGUAAACUUGUGUUGAAACCUUUUUAAUAAUAAUUCAUUAGCCUUUUAAAUCUUAACCUACAUAACAGAAAGCAAUGAGAACAUUGUGAUAUUUAACUAAACAAUUUGAAAAAUAUUAAUAGUUAUAUAUUUGUGCUUGUCCAGGGCACAAAUAGAAUAGGGAAAUCCCAGGCCCAAGGGCAUUUACCAGUAGGAAGCUUCUUUGCACAGGAUGCCGGCUAGAUUAUUGGUAUCAUAAAGGCGCCUUUUUCUGCCCUGAAGCAGUAAUGUAUUAGCAUUACUGUGUUUCGGUCUGAAGGGCGCCGUACCUAGUGAAAUUACUGGGCAAAUGAGACUUAACAUCGUAUGCUUCAAAGUGACGAGCGCAAUUGUAGUGCCACUCAGAAUUGUUGGGUUUUUCAAAACUCCUGCAUUAAUUAUUCUGAUAUAAUAACUCAAAACUGCUGAAUGUUUUCCAUCACCCGCGUAGUUAUCGCAUCAAGUAUCCUCUCCUCCUUUACCCCCCACAGCUUCUUCCCACGUCCUGUGCAGGCGGCACAUUUAUUGCGAAGAUGUUCUACUUAUAGAUUUUUUACCAACUUUUCCUAAGCCUUAGACUAUACCUGAACGCUGUAUACGGCGAAGUAAUCUAUGAUUCUUUACAAACCACUUUAAUCAAUAUUUUCCUUUCACAAAUCGAAAGCCUCUUUCCGCUGUCUCUAUGUAUACUAUAUCCGUUUUUCCUUUAGGUCGCGUGGUAUACCCUUGUAUAAAAUAAAGUGAAAAAUUAGAUGACUGAAAGAUCAGUUAUUUUUCGAGUUAUUCUCAGCUAGCCCUUUCAUUUGAUACCCAUAUAGUAGGAAUGCAUUAAGAAUAAAUAAUAAUAAAUAAUUUCCGCCAUGUUGUAAGUAUAUUAGGGAUUAUGGAAUAACGUCAAACAGAUAACCACGCAUAGUCACUCAAACUAAAAAUUUCAGCUGAAUCGGUUGAAGAUUUCACCCGAACGUAUACAUUGCAAGUUGAAUAAAAGAUUGUAAAAAUAAAACAGUACUCCAGAAUAUCUUACGAGUAUUCUGAAAACAUGUUAUAAAAUUGAAAUAAUAAUAUUAUAUAAGAAAACCUUAACGCCUUACUCUUUUUUAACAGCAAAAUUGUGUUAACCAACAUUGCUCUAUUUAUUAUAUGUUGUAAUUUUCUAUAUAAGUGAUCUCUAAUGUAAAUAAAUAGAUAAAAUUAUAUAUAAAUAAUAAUAAUAUAUAAAUCCGUCUGUUAUUAGAAGUAAGUUUUACAAUAAUAUUAUUAUAACCUAACUUAAGUUCUGUGGAUUUUGUGAUGUAAUAAUUAAAAAAAUAGAUAAUGUAUGUAUGUGUAUAUUGUGUGUCAUAUGAGUAGUAGGGUGUGUCAUUACUUUAAUGUAUUCAUAAGGCAUUUAAUAUAAGAAAAAUAGCUUUAUACACUUACCCCCUUAUUCAUAACAGUCGGCUAACUUAAAGCAUUGCUAAUUCUCACUCUGUCUUCUUCUAUUGACCUAAGUCAGAAUGAGACAUAACACUCCUUAGCGGCUGUUUUAAGUAAGCGGACUAAUUAUGAAUAAGGGGGUUACUCUCCAAACGAACUUUAAUUAUGUUAAGUUUCAUUUUCAUCCAUUCGCGAAGAUUGUAAAAAAAAGGGGUACAAAGUUUUCUACAUAGAUUAAUAACAUAAUUUGUAUUAUUCAACAAAGGUUUUGGCAGGAUACGUUGAUAUUAGUCCGUAAGAGGAACAAUAAUUGUAUUAUUUUAUUAGCAUCAAUAAAGAUAUAUAGUUUAA